GAGGCGGCGGAGCGGCGGCGGCCCCGGUGGCUGCGCCGCUCGGCGGGGCCGGGCUGGGCGGGGCCGGACGUGAGCGAACUUCCGCGGGCGGCGGGGCCGCCAUGGCGGCAAAAAGUCCUGCUGAUAGUACUCCAAGAAGGCCUGUUUUGUCUGUCAGUGCAAGAAAAAUUAAAGAUAAUGCAGCAGACUGGCAUAAUUUAAUGAUGAAAUGGGAGAGACUGAAUGAUAAUGGAUUUACUACCGCAAACAAAAUAGUCAACAUGAAGAUCAGUGAGCAAUUUCAAGACAGAAAACUGGAGAUAGCAUGUGGUAACAGUGUCACAGAACCUGAAAAGCCAGCCCCAAAAUACAACGAAGAACUGGACAGCUGCUGUGCAGAAUUACUUGAGACCUUAAAGCAGAUGACAAAAAUACAACUGAAAAUGGAAAAGCUUACUUCAACUACUAAAGCAAUCUGUGACUUGGAAGCAUUCCGCCAUGGAGCUGGGAAUUGCACAGCACCCUUCUUUCAUACAUGGCCCACACCAUACUUCUAUGAGGUCUCCCUGAAGCUCUCUGAAAUGUACAAGAAGGAACUACAACUCAAGCAAGCAAUUGUACAAGACAUUGCUCAUUCUGCUGACCAGGAUCUGAUGAUGGUGUAUUUAUCAUCAUGGUUAUACCAGCCUUACAUUGAGAACAGCAGCACACUGCUACUCGAAGCCAUGCUGCUGGAGACAGGACACAGAAAGUGCUAGAAUUCCAAAGGUUACGUGGCUGGCUUCUAAUGAUGCUUACAUGAAAUGGCAAAUUGCAAGGCUUACCAAGCAUGGUGUACUGGCUGCAACCACGGUAGUGUUUGGAGACCUUGAAGCCGACGCUGCGGCACGAGUAGCUUUCUGUCCGUUUACCAUCUUCGAUGUGGGAAUCUUGUUCACAGACACUGAUCCGUGAG